UUAAGGCGACGGCGCCUUCCUCGGGUCAGACUACCGGCGGCGACGACCACGGGAGCAUGGCGGACACCGACCUGUUUAUGGAAUGUGAGGAGGAGGAGUUGGAGCCGUGGCAGAAAAUCAGUGAUGUCAUUGAGGAUUCUGUAGUUGAGGAUUAUAAUUCAGUGGAUAAAACUACUACAGUUUCUGUGAGCCAGCAGCCUGUCUCGGCUCCAGUGCCCAUCGCUGCCCAUGCUUCUGUCGCUGGGCAUCUCUCUACAUCCACCACCGUUAGUAGCAGCGGGGCACAGAACAGCGACAGUACAAAGAAGACUCUUGUCACACUCAUUGCCAACAACAAUGCUGGCAAUUCUUUGGUCCAACAAGGUGGACAGCCGCUCAUCCUAACCCAGAAUCCAGCCCCAGGUCUUGGUACCAUGGUUACUCAACCAGUAUUGAGGCCUGUGCAGGUCAUGCAGAAUGCCAACCAUGUGACUAGUUCCCCGGUAGCCUCACAGCCAAUAUUUAUCACUACACAGGGAUUUCCUGUAAGAAAUGUCCGGCCUGUACAGAAUGCAAUGAAUCAGGUUGGGAUUGUGUUGAACGUACAGCAAGGCCAAACGGUUAGACCAAUUACACUAGUCCCAGCCCCAGGUACCCAGUUUGUUAAGCCGACAGUUGGCGUCCCACAAGUGUUCUCUCAGAUGACCCCUGUGAGGCCAGGCUCCACGAUGCCUGUGCGGCCCACCACCAACACCUUCACCACCGUCAUCCCAGCCACUCUGACCAUUCGAAGCACCGUCCCACAGUCCCAGUCCCAGUCGACCAAGUCCACUCCCAGCACUUCCACCACACCCACUGCCACACAGCCGACCUCACUGGGGCACCUUGCUGUCCAGCCUCCAGGCCAAUCCAGCCAGACUCAGAACCCCAAACUAGCUCCCUCCUUCCCCUCUCCACCUGCAGUGAGCAUUGCCAGCUUUGUCACUGUGAAGCGACCUGGUGUUACAGGUGAAAAUAGCAAUGAAGUGGCCAAACUGGUGAAUACCCUUAACACCAUCCCUUCCCUGGGCCAGAGUCCUGGGCCAGUGGUGGUAUCCAACAACAGCUCUGCACAUGGCUCUCAAAGAACCAGCGGGCCUGAGUCUUCAAUGAAAGUGACCUCGCCCAUCCCAGUGUUUGACCUCCAGGAUGGUGGACGGAAGAUAUGUCCACAGUGUAAUGCUCACUUCCGUGUUACUGAAGCUUUGAGAGGUCACAUGUGUUACUGUUGCCCAGAAAUGGUUGAAUACCAGAAGAAAGGAAAAUCUCUGGAUUCAGAACCCAGUGUCCCAUCAGCAGCAAAGCCCCCAUCCCCUGAGAAAACAGCUCCUGUUGCUUCCACUCCCUCUUCUACACCUAUUCCUGCUCUGUCACCACCUACCAAAGUACCAGAGCCAAAUGAGAAUGUGGGUGAUGCCGUCCAGACCAAGCUCAUUAUGCUAGUAGAUGACUUCUACUAUGGCCGGGAUGGUGGCACGGUAGCCCAGCUCACAAACUUCCCUAAGGUCGCCACAUCUUUCCGAUGCCCACAUUGUACCAAAAGGCUAAAAAACAACAUUCGAUUUAUGAACCAUAUGAAACAUCAUGUAGAACUUGAUCAGCAGAAUGGUGAGGUGGAUGGUCAUACUAUCUGCCAGCACUGUUACCGCCAGUUUUCCACUCCUUUCCAGCUCCAGUGCCACUUGGAAAAUGUUCAUAGUCCCUAUGAAUCAACUACCAAGUGCAAGAUCUGUGAGUGGGCAUUUGAGAGCGAGCCACUGUUUCUCCAGCAUAUGAAGGACACUCAUAAGCCUGGAGAGAUGCCUUAUGUUUGCCAGGUGUGCCAGUACCGCUCCUCACUCUACUCUGAGGUGGACGUCCACUUUCGGAUGAUCCAUGAAGAUACUCGGCACCUGCUCUGCCCUUACUGCUUGAAGGUCUUCAAAAAUGGCAGUGCGUUCCAGCAGCACUACAUGAGGCACCAGAAGAGGAAUGUUUAUCACUGCAACAAAUGCCGGCUACAGUUUCUCUUUGCCAAGGACAAAAUCGAACACAAGCUGCAGCACCAUAAAACCUUCCGUAAACCCAAGCAGCUGGAAGGUUUGAAACCAGGCACCAAGGUGACAAUCCGGGCUUCCCGGGGGCAGCCACGAGCUGCUCCUGUACCCUCCAGUGAUGGACCUCCUGGCAGCUUGCAGGAAGCAGCACCACUGGCCUCCUCAGCAGACCCUCUGCCCGUCUUCCUUUACCCCCCUGUGCAGCGCAACGUCCAGAAGAGAGCUGUUAGGAAAAUGAGUGUCAUGGGCCGGCAGACGUGUCUGGAGUGCAGCUUUGAGAUCCCAGACUUCCCCAAUCAUUUUCCUACUUACGUUCACUGCUCUCUGUGUCGCUAUAGUACCUGCUGUUCUCGAGCUUACGCCAACCACAUGAUCAACAAUCAUGUUCCACGGAAGAGCCCCAAGUAUUUGGCUUUGUUUAAAAAUUCUGUGAGUGGAAGCAAGCUGGCCUGCACUUCAUGUACCUUUGUUACCUCUGUGGGAGAUGCCAUGGCUAAGCAUUUGGUAUUCAACCCUUCUCAUAGAUCCAGUAGCAUCCUGCCACGGGGACUCACUUGGAUAUCUCACUCAAGGCAUGGCCAGACUCGUGACCGAGCACACGACCGGAACUUGAAAAACUUGUACCCUCCUUCUUCCUUCUCCUCUAAUAAAGCUGCCACUGUGAAGUCUGCUGGAGUCACCCCAGCUGAGCCUGAAGAGCUGCCAGCUCCCGUGGCCCAGGCACUCCCGUCACCGGCCUCAACUGCAACCCCACCACCCACCCCCACGCAUCUCCAGACUUUAGCCCUUCCACCCUUGGCUGCGGAGGAGGCCGAAUGUCUGAAUGUUGAUGACCAGGAUGAAGGGAGCCCAGUCACCCAGGAGCCUGAGCCAGCGUCAGGGGGUGGUAGUAGCAGUGGCAUUGGCAAGAAAGAGCAGCUUUCUGUGAAGAAGCUUCGAGUGGUCCUGUUUGCCCUAUGCUGUAACACGGAACAGGCAGCUGAACACUUCCGAAACCCCCAGCGACGCAUCCGGCGUUGGCUUCGGCGCUUCCAGGCCUCUCAGGGGGAGAGUCUGGAGGGCAAGUAUCUGAGCUUAGAGGCAGAAGAGAAACUGGCUGAGUGGGUGCUGACCCAGCGAGAGCAACAGCUACCUGUAAAUGAGGAGACCUUGUUCCAGAAAGCCACCAAAAUAGGACGUUCCUUGGAGGGGGGAUUUAAGAUCUCAUACGAGUGGGCUGUGCGUUUCAUGCUACGGCACCACCUGACUCCCCACGCACGGCGCGCUGUGGCCCACACUCUACCUAAGGAUGUGGCGGAGAAUGCAGGACUCUUCAUUGAAUUUGUACAACGGCAAAUUCACAACCAGGACUUGUCCUUGUCCAUGAUUGUGGCUAUUGAUGAGGUUUCCUUGUUCCUCGAUACGGAGGUACUGAGCAGUGAAGACCGAAAGGAGAAUGCCCUGCAGACAGUGGGCACAGGGGAGCCUUGGUGUGACGUGGUGCUGGCCAUUCUGGCAGAUGGCACUGUCCUCCCUACCCUGGUUUUCUACCGAGGACAGAUGGAUCAGCCUGCUAACGUGCCAGACUCUAUCUUGCUAGAGGCGAAGGAGAGUGGCUACAGUGACGACGAGAUCAUGGAGCUGUGGUCAACCCGAGUGUGGCAAAAACACACGGCUUGCCAGCGCAGCAAAGGCAUGCUGGUGAUGGACUGCCACCGCACUCACUUAUCAGAAGAGGUGCUGGCCAUGCUUAGUGCCUCUAGCACUUUGCCUGCGGUCGUCCCCGCAGGCUGCAGCUCCAAAAUCCAGCCAUUAGAUGUAUGCAUCAAGCGGACUGUCAAGAACUUCCUGCACAAAAAGUGGAAGGAGCAGGCUCGGGAAAUGGGAGAUACUGCGUGUGAUUCUGAUGUUCUGCUUCAGCUAGUUCUGGUCUGGCUGGCUGAGGUGCUUGGUGUUAUUGGGGACUGUCCAGAGCUAGUUCAGCGGUCCUUCUUGGUGGCUAGCGUUCUGCCUGGCCCUGAUGGCAACAUGAACUCACCCACACAAAACGCUGACAUGCAGGAGGAGCUAAUUGCCUCCCUAGAGGAGCAGCUAAAGCUGAGUGGGGAACAGUCCGAGGAACCCUCAGCUUCCACUCCUCGACCCAGGUCAUCUCCGGAAGAGACAAUUGAGCCUGAAAGCCUUCACCAGCUCUUUGAGGGUGAAAGCGAGACCGAGUCUUUCUAUGGCUUUGAAGAAGCUGACCUAGAUCUGAUGGAGAUUUGA